AUGAUAUUUAUUGCUACGUGUUUACAACGGUUUUUACGUCAUCGUAAUGGAAAAUUUCUUUCCAUAUCUCAACAUAUCAUUUCAUGUCUAACAAGUGGUAUAUUUUUAGGUACUCUUUUAAUGAUAAUUGUUCCAAAUUCUCUUGAGCUUGUUGCUAAUCAAUGGCAAAUUAUUAAUAUGGGUUAUUUAUUGAUUGGUCUUGGUUUUUUUCUUAUAUGUAUUAUUCAAGAACUAACAAGUCUGUAUGAAUUAUAUCUAUCAAAUAAACAACUGAAAAUUGAACAUCAACAAUUAGUGAAUUCGUCAACGACAUCUCAUAAUGAUAAUCAAUUAGCACGUCUUGUUACACUUGUUUUUGCUCUUAGUACUCAUAAUUUUUUUGAUGGGAUUCUCAUUGGUGGACAAACAAAAGACAUAACAACAUUAUGGAUUUUAUUAGCUGCUAUCUGUUUUCAUAUGUCUUUACUUGCAUUUUCGGUAACACUUCGUUUACUAAUUGAUAAUGAAAAUUAUAUUCGAGUAUUUUG